UUGUGGAGGGCUGUUGCGCACUUCCGGUGGAAGCGCUGAGGAGCGGGGGUGGAGUUUACGGAGCCGGUGGGCGGUGGGCGGUGCUGCCGGUAGCUGGGUGCUGUCCAAAGGCUCUGGGCGUCGCUAGGGGAGCGAGCUGUGACCGGCUGGGCCGCACUUAGCGUGGGACGAAGCUUAGGCUACUGUUUGAUUACCUGAGGCCUUCCCCUCAUGUCGGCCCUCGAGAAGAGCAUGCACCUCGGCCGUCUGCCCUCUCGCCCACCUCUCCCCGGCAGCGGGGGCAGUCAGAGCGGAGCCAAGAUGCGAAUGGGCCCUGGAAGAAAGCGAGACUUCUCCCCCGUUUCUUGGAGUCAGUACUUUGAGUCCAUGGAAGAUGUAGAAGUAGAGAAUGAAACUGGCAAGGAUACUUUCCGAGUUUAUAAGAGUGGCUCAGAGGGUCCCGUCCUACUCCUUCUGCAUGGAGGAGGCCAUUCUGCCCUAUCCUGGGCUGUGUUCACGGCGGCGAUCAUUAGUAGAGUUCAGUGUAGGAUUGUGGCUUUAGAUCUGCGAGGUCAUGGUGAAACAAAAGUCAAGAAUUCUGAAGACCUGUCUGCAGAAACAAUGGCAAAGGAUGUUGGCAAUGUGGUUGAAGCCAUGUAUGGGGACCUCCCUCCUCCAAUUAUGCUGAUUGGACAUAGUAUGGGUGGUGCUAUUGCAGUCCACACAACAUCAUCGAACCUGGUGCCAAGCCUCUUGGGUCUCUGUAUGAUUGAUGUUGUGGAAGGUACAGCCAUGGAUGCACUUAAUAGCAUGCAGAAUUUCUUACGUGGUCGACCUAAAACCUUCAAGUCUCUAGAGAAUGCCAUUGAAUGGAGUGUGAAGAGUGGUCAGAUUCGAAAUUUGGAGUCAGCCCGUGUCUCAAUGGUUGGCCAAGUCAAACAGUGUGAAGGAAUUACAAGUCCAGAAGGCUCAAAAUCUAUAGUGGAAGGAAUCAUAGAGGAAGAGGAAGAAGACGAAGAAGGAAGUGAGUCUGUAAACAAGAGGAAAAAGGAAGAUGACAUGGAGACCAAGAAAGACCAUCCAUAUACUUGGAGAAUUGAACUGGCAAAAACAGAAAAAUACUGGGAUGGCUGGUUCCGAGGCUUAUCCAAUCUCUUCCUUAGUUGUCCUAUUCCUAAAUUGCUGCUCUUGGCUGGUGUUGAUAGAUUGGAUAAGGAUCUGACUAUUGGCCAAAUGCAAGGAAAGUUCCAGAUGCAGGUCCUACCCCAAUGUGGCCAUGCUGUCCAUGAGGAUGCCCCAGACAAGGUAGCCGAAGCUGUUGCCACUUUCCUGAUCCGGCACAGGUUUGCAGAGCCCAUCGGUGGAUUCCAAUGUGUGUUUCCUGGCUGUUAGUAACCUGCUGUCCGUCCCUCCCCAACAUUGAGCUCUGUUGUAAAUACAUCGCACCAGAGGCCACUGUGAUGCCGCUGUCUCCUCCUCACCAUCCUGCCCGACCAUGUGACACCGGCUCCCUAUCGACGGGCUUCCCCAGAUGUACAAACCCUUUUGUGUAUUCCUGCCGAAAGCAUUGUUAUCCAGGGCCUUUGACCAACCUCGACCUCCUUAGUCCAAGGCUCCCCAACUCCCACCCCUUCCCUGUUCAGGGGUAGCCCCUACCUAUUCUCCCUGCCUUGCCUAGGGUGAAGCCUCCAUCAGAACUGUCACCCUGGGCCCUUAUUCCUGGUAUUAGGCAGUGUACCUGGGUCCAAAUGUCUCUCCAGGCUCAGGGACCUCCAUUCCUUGAGAUUGUUCUUGGCGUGGUCCUGCCCUACCUCAUGGGAUGGACCAUGCACAGGGUGGUCCUUAUUUUCCCCUUUCAAAUAAAAUGCCAGUCAGGUACCUUUUUACCCAGUCUUACUCUUCCAGGCUUGGAAGACCCAGAGAGGCCAGGAUGCCAUCCUUAGGAAUAGGGAGGGGUGGUGGA